AUGUCGGCAGCGCGCGCGCCGACCGCUUGCCUCUCCACCCUGCUUCUCCAACUCAACUGCCGACCACCCACCCCAUGCCAAUACAACACCCAACUUCUUCAAGGCCAAAACGUUGUGUGUGUGUGGGUGUGUGUGAUAAUGGAUGACAGUCAGUGCGCAAAUGGCGGCGCCAUGCCAGCCCCGGCUGCGCGCCGUACUUCCAAUGUUCCCCACCUUCGUGCCCAUGAGCCGGUCCCAGUGAAAACGCGAGGCCAGCGCCCCCAAGAUGCUGGUAUUUUCGGCGAGAGCACAGCCACCCGACCAAGCCGGGCCAGGAGUAACACCAUCACAUUGCGCCGAGCUGGCGACGCGGCCGGUGCUCCAGGCCAACGCCCACGGCGCGAUACCUUUACUUUAAGUGCCUUCCCUGAGCAGCAGCUCGAUCAUCCAGCCAUUCUAACAACCGCACCACCCGCUUCCAGUCAACUCCCAGCCUCGGGAGCAACUGCGACAGCUACCGCUGCAAACACAGCUGCACGAGGCACCCGCUCCAGUCAACACGUCAGCGAACGCUCAUCGUCUGCGACGGCAACUCUGGAACCUUCGAGCGUGGUCCCACGGAAAACCCGUUCCAUUGACAAUGUGACAGCCAAUGUGACGACUAGUUCUGCUCGCCGUUAUAAUCCAAUUACAGGCAAAAGCUCUACCGCGCCAAAGUCCGGUGCCGCCAACCAGGACAAAGGUGCCAAACACGCAUUGGGCAAUUCACCCUCCGGAUCGACGCCCCUUUCAAGCACGAAAACGCCUUCAACAACCCCAAACGCGACGGCAAUUGCCAGUGCCGCUACUUCACAAGCUGAUGCUUCCAGCAAAGCGUCAAACGUCCGCAGUGUGCGCGCUGCAACCGCGCAGCAGGCAUCGCAAAGGCGCACCACAGGCAUUACGCGCUGGCUUCCUGCCCGUCGCAAAACUCCCGAAACCGCUUCUGCUAGCGGCAGCGGAACCAAUGUAACCGCAGCAAUGCCUCAGCCAGCUGAGCCGACCUCAAAAACCGAGGCCAAAGCGAAGAAGCAGCGCCAACGUACAUAUCGUGUCCGACGCGAACAGCCUGGCAUCAGCAAUCGCGAAAAAACAGCAGGAGCACCAAGCGUUUCUCGCCGUGAGGUCAAGCACCGCUUUGAUGAACCUGCCUCAAAGUGGCAACGCAACUUACGCAAGGGAACCGAUGAUAGGACCAAGGUCGCAAAGCGCAAAGAUCGGAACACCAAGUCGACACCUACUCCUGCAGAAAGCAAACAAGCUGGUCAGUUUGAUGAACCCGUGGAGAUGUCUUCGUCAUCCCUUUCCCAGAUUCUACAGCGCAGAAACGAAGUCAAGGGUGGUUCAGCAGGCAUCAAUGCGCCGCAUGUCAAAAUGUCAAGCCGCGAUGACACGAGCUCAAAUGAAAAAGCCAGUCGACAAUUUGUGCGUAGUAGAAGGACCAAGUUCACGAGAAACAACGAACAAGUCAACGUUCCGAGCAAUGCCUAUCAAGGCGCGCGAGCCCGAGCAACGCCCAAAAGAUACGCUCAAACCCGAACCCGGAGUCAUGGUAGGAGAAACUACAACGAAGAGAGAAUUUGUGCACAAGAAAACUGA